AUCCUGUGCGCUGCUGAGCUGAGCUGGGGCGCGGCCGCCUGUCUGCUCCGGCAGCACCAUGUCGCUCAUGGUCAUCAGCAUGGCGUGUUUUGGGUUGUUCUUGCUGCAGGGGGCCUGGCCACACAUGGGAGUCCACAGAAAACCUUCCCUCCUGGCCCACCCAGGUCCCCUGGUGAAAUCAAAAGAGACAGUCAUCCUGCAAUGUUGGUCAGAUGUCAUGUUUGAGCACUUCCUUCUGCACAGAGAGGGGAUGUUUAACGACACUUUGCACCUCAUUGGAGAGCACCAUGAUGGGGUCUCCAAGGCCAACUUCUCCAUCGGUCGCAUGACGAAAGACCUGGCAGGGACCUACAGAUGCUACGGUUCUGUUACUCACUCCCCCUAUCAGUUAUCGGCUCCCAGUGACCCUCUGGACAUCGUUAUCAUAGGUCUAUAUGAGAAACCUUCUCUCUCAGCCCAGCCGGGCCCCACAGUUCAGGCAGGAGAGAGCGUGACCUUGUCCUGCAGCUCCCGGAGAUCCUAUGAAAUGUACCAUCUAUCCAGGGAGGGGGAGGCCCAUGAAUGUAGGCUCCCUGCAGUGCGCAAGGUCAACAGGACAUUCCAGGCAGACUUUCCUCUGGGCCCUGCCACCCAGGGAGGGACCUACAGAUGCUUCGGCUCUUUCCGUGACUCUCCCUACGAGUGGUCAAACUCGAGUGACCCACUGCUUGUUUCUGUCACAGGAAACCCUUCAACUAGUUGGCCUUCACCCACUGAACCAAGCUCCAAAACCGGUAACCCCAGACACCUGCACGUUCUGAUUGGGACCUCAGUGGCCAUCAUCCUCUUCAUCCUCCUCCUCUUCUUUCUCCUUCAUCGCUGGUGCUCCAACAAAAAAAAUGCUGCUGUAAUGGACCAAGGGCCUGCGGGGGACAGAACAGUGAAUAGGCAGGACUCUGAUGAACAAGACCCUCAGGAGGUGACAUACGCACAGUUGGAUCACUGCGUUUUCACACAGAGAAAAAUCGCUCGCCCUUCUCAGAGGCCCAAGACACCCCCAACAGAUACCAGCGUGUACACGGAACUUCCAAAUGCUGAGCCCAGAUCCAAAGUUGUCUCCUGCCCAUGAGCACCACAGUCAGCCCUUGAUGGGAUCUUCUAGGGAGACAACAGCCCUGUCUCAAAACCGGGUUGCCAGCUCCCAUGUACCAGCAGCUGGAAUCUGAAGGCGUGAGUCUGCAUCUUAGGGCAUCGCUGUUCCUCACACCACGAAUCUGAACAUGACUCUCUCUUGCUUACAAAUGUCUAAGGUCGCCACUGCCUGCUGGAGAGAAAUCACACUCCUUUGCUUAGCCCACAAGUAUCUAUUUCACUUGACCCCUGCCCACCUCUCCAACCUAACUGGCUUACUUCCUAGUCUACUUGAGGCUGCGAUCACACUGAGGAACUCACAAUUCCAAACAUACAAGAGGCUCCCUCUUGACAUGGCACUUACACACGUGCUGUUCCACCUUCCUUCAUGCUGUUCCACCUCCCCUCAGACUAUCUUUCAGCCUUCUGUCAGCAGUAAAGCUUAUAAAUUUUUUUUAAUAAUUUCAGUGUAGUUUUCCCUCCUUCAAAUAAACAUGUCUGUCCUCA